AUGGCCGCGGUACGAAUGCAAACGUUAGUUAAUAAAAUGUACUGGUUUUUACCCCGGGGAAAAAAUUUAAAAAAACGGCGAAAAAACGUUAACGCAACGCGGAAAUUCCGCUUUAAAAAAGCGCUUCCUUUUCGUGCAAUAACAAAGCCUUUUUAUAAUAAUAAAGUGUGCGCCGUAGCAAGGAUACCAUAUUUAGCCAUAAUGUUUUGCAUAAAAUUAAACCAAGCAAAAACAAAUUUGGGAUUUUCGUAUUUGGCUUUUUGGUAA